GUGAUUGAUUGAGUGAUUACUGUGGGGGUGCAACUUGGGCGGGUUAGCCCAACCCAACCCGAGUCCUGCCCAUGAAUUCUAAAAUCUGGACAUAUAAAUUUACAAUUCGAGUUUCAGUCGGGUUGGGUUUUUUCAAAACCCAACCUUAUUCGGUUUGGGCUGGGUUCAACCCGAACCCAACCCGAAAGCCCAAAUUAAACAUUUCAUUAAAAAAAAAAAAUAAAAUAACGAUAAAGAAACCCUAACUUUCUCUCUCCUCAUCCUUCUCUUCUCUCUGGCCUUCCUGCCGAUUUCCUGUGAAACUCGAUCUCCUGUGAAACUCGAAACUCGAUGAAGCUCUCAGCGACUCCCUCUAUCUCAUAUCUCUCAGCGACUCCCUCACCUACCAGCGAUUCCCUCUAUCUAAUAUCUCUCAGCGACUCCCUCACCUCCAUCUCACAUCUCUCGGGGACUCCUUCUAUCUCACAUCUCUGGUGGGUUGAGCUUAUUAGAGAUGUGAACAUAGCUAUUGCAGUUGAAGCCAUUCAAGCAAUUGGGAAUCUUGCAAGGGGCCUAAGAGCCCAUUUUUCUGGGAGUUCACGUUUCCUAUUUCCUGUUUUACUUUAUUGUGCUCAAGAUUGGCUAAGAGCUUCACCUAAUCCAGUUGAGAUUGAAGAGACGUUAGAGGCUCUUGAGGUUGUCGAACAAGAGACGUUGGAGGCUCAAAAUUUCCUCUGAUCUUUUUCAUCUAUGGAUGACAAGUAGUCGUGAUAUGCUUGAUCAACCAAAGUGCUGCUCAUAUAUUGAGAAGGAAACUAAGAGUAGAGAGACUGUUUGAGGAAGAGUUGCCUGUUAGUAAUGAACUAGCCGUAUCUGUUUUUAAUGUUUGAAAUUUUAAUUCUAAAAAGGAGAAAGUAUUCAGUAGCAAAAUAUAAUAGUCCAUUUCAAAUCAAUGGUAUUAAUUUUGACAUUGUUAACUUUUAUCUUGUUAUUUUGCUGUUCACAAGAGUGUGCCCUUGGUUGCUCUCUGUACAUUAUUGUCAGAUCUUUGUUCUUCUGUGUUGCUGAAUGACAAGAACAGUGCAUUAGAUUAUUCUCAUAUCUUUAUUUAUUUAUUUAUAAUUAAUCCUCCUUAUUAUGGUUAUACAAGUAUUCAACUUUCAAGUUGUCUGAUGGAAUUGUUAUGUCUCUUUAGGUACUCCCUUUGUUUACCAGUGUUUCACCUUCUUAUUUUAUUUUAUUUAUUUAUUUAUUUUUUUGGCUUUCAUCCUUGGAAAUAGCAAUGGAAGAUUGAGGUGAAGCUGUUAUAGGUUGCAAUUUAUUAGGAGACACAACUCUUUGAUUAGUUAAACUUUCAACCCAGUGAGAUUAGAGAAUGUAUCAAUACAUUUUAGGAUAGUCACUAAAUUUAAAUCAGCAUAAAAUAGCAUCAGUAGCUCAUUGGCAAAUGCUACAUGUGUAAUAGUCAUUUCCUUGCAUCUCCAAUGGUACCUAAAGAUGGAUUAGAGGAGGCGAGUUU